UGCCACGCGCCACUAGUGCUGGCUUGGAUAGUAGUGGUGCGCGAGCUACGCAGCCACGGGUCCUGAACGCAACACAGGCUAAUCGCGCGCCAAACCUGAGACAACACGGACCGACUGAACGGAGAGAAACAAAAGAAGAGAAAGAAUAAAAGAAGAGGGAGAAGAGUGGUUUUUUUUUCGACGAGUCUUCUUCGUGAAGCUCCCCUUUCUGCCGGCAGCGCACCCCCUGCUGUUGAGGCUGUGGUAUGAGCCUAUGUGGCAGGAAGGCGCUGACUUUGCUGAGCAGCGUGUUCGCUGUCUGCGCCCUGGGCCUGUUGGGGAUCGCCGUAAGCACCGACUACUGGCUCUACCUAGAGGAGGGCGUCAUCCUUCCCCUCAACCAGAGCACAGAGAUACGCAUGUCCCUUCACUCUGGCCUCUGGAGGGUUUGCUUCUUGGCUGGGGAGGAGAAAGGCCGGUGUUUUACCAUCGAGUAUGUGAUGCCCACUAACGUCCAGAUGACCUCUGAGUCCACUGUUAGUGUCCUGAAAAUGAUCCGUUCUGCCACACCCUUCCCUCUGGUCAGCCUCUUCUUCAUGUUCAUCGGUUUUGUACUCAGCAACAUCGGUCACAUCCGACCCCAUCGCACUAUCCUGGCUUUUGUCUCUGGAAUCUUCUUCAUCCUGUCAGGUCUCUCUCUGGUGGUUGGUCUGGUGUUGUACAUCUCCAACAUUAACGAUGAAAUGUUGAACAGAACCAAAACUAAUGAGGCAUACUUCAGCUACAAGUACGGCUGGUCGUUUGCCUUUGCUGCCAUCUCCUUCCUGCUCACUGAGACGGCAGGCGUCAUGUCAGUGUACCUGUUCAUGAAGCGCUACACAGCAGAGGAAAUGUAUCGGCCCCAUCAGGGCUUCUACCGGCCUCGCCUCAGCAAUUGCUCAGAUUACUCCGGCCAGUUCCUCCAUCCAGACGCCUGGGCCGGACGUGGUCGCAGUGCCUCCUCCAUCUCCUCUGAGGCCUCCCUCCAGAUGAACUCCUCCCACUACCCUGCUCUUCUCAAGUGUCCAGAAUAUGAGCAAAUGUCCUCCUCACCUUGCUGAGGCAGAGGAUCGGUGGUUGUUUCUAUCUAUCUGGAAUUUGGAGUAAAAUUGUCUGAUAAUUUGAUAUUAUCCAGCUUGAAUCGCUUUCCUCUUCUAGUGUCCUGACUAUGACCUGAUUCUCUCUGCCCUCCCUGCUGCCGAUUUUUUUAUUUACACUUUUUGGUUUUGUAGGGAGCAAAACUUAAGUUGAGGGUUAGCCAGUUCACUUUAUCCUCAGCUCAGUCUUGUUUAGGGGGGAGCUGUCAGAAGACACGAGACAAAAGAGUCUGACCAGGUUGUACUUUAAUCUGUUUUUCUGUAGUUUUUCAGUGACAGGUGACUAGCCUCCUGCAGAAUCGACAAAGGUAAGGUGAAGUCAUCUGAAAGGAGUAACUUGAGUAGCCUCAACCUGCAGGGAGAAAGUCCACUAUUGUUUGUAGCACUGCCACCAUCCUGAUAGCUUUUUUGACAGGAUUACAGCUGCACAUCUGCAAACACGGAGAGUUUGGAACAGGGAUUAGAACUGGAUAAGCAACUGUGUGCAAUGCAUGCAGAGUCAGGUGUUCAAAAACACUACAGCGUGAGUUUUUAGCCACAAAGCAGAAACUAAUCAGUGACAUCACCUCAGGUGAAGGGGAGAGUUGCUUAAAAUGAUAAAUCUCAGAGGGUGAUUUGACCUAAGACCAUUGCACACAUAGUGCAGACUUGAUUUCUAAAGGUUCAUAAGGUUAAAAUAAAACUGUUAAUUUUUUUGUCUUCUACACAUCGUACAUGUGCACCCAGUGUGCAGCUUUCCCUCACAUCCCUAGGUGUCACUCCUCAGUUGCAGUGUGCUGCAGAAAGUGGCUUUUUGCUGCAUUAUACUGUGUUUUCUGACACGUCACAGCUGUUAAAGACAAACUGUUUCAUGUUCAAGUUUACAGCUCAUGAAACACAUGAUGAAUGAAUGAAUUUCAGCCACUUAAAUAGAUCAUUUUGGGGAGUUGGAUUAAUGACAGAUGGUAUUUGACCUUCCAUAUGAGCUUCAAUUCUUACACCACCCUCUCAGUAUUUCUGUAUCAGGUGUGAACAGUCAGAAGUACUAAUAUAACUCCCUUUAGGUCGUUUGCAGAGGAGCCCUUUAUUGUUAUGUAGCCACAGGUGUUUUUAAACUUUUAAAGCUGUACCUGAAGGGUGGAAGGCUUCACUUUUUUAUAUUUGCAUUGUGACAGCCUGAGUGUUGUCACAGUUGGCCGUGACCACCUCAUUUGGACAUUUCACUGCUUCCUUUUAUUUUGCAAGUACUGACACCAAAGGAAGGGUUUGUAUUAUACACUUCUAGUAUAAGAAACAUUGUUUUUAAAGGCCUAAGUCUGAAUAUAUUAAUGGUUAUAUAAACGUUGAGUGUAUUAUUGUAUAUUCUUGUAAAGGAAACAGCCAAAACAAACAAAUAAAUUUGCUCUCAUCAUAACCCAUUAAUAUGAACAAUACAGGAAUGGUUUGCAUUAAACAGUACAGAUGUACAUAAACCUUUUAUAUUCUCAGAGAACAUAUGAUUCCUGUAUUCAGUUGUCUUCAUGGAGUUGAGGACAACAAGUGUAUUUAACCCAAAUAAAAAAAGAAAAGAAGCAGUACAGGGGCAGCACUGUCUGAGUGUGAAGAUCAGAUAAGAGUUAAAAAACAUUAGUUAUAUGUUUAAAGAAGAACAGGCCAAAGUGGAGAAGAAGUUUGUGUAGUCGUGGGUUUUGAUGGGGAAUGUGAAUGAGUCAGGUGGUGUUAAAGACUAUUUUGACAUGGAGCUGUUGUGAAUGUAAGAUGUGCCGAAGGAAACGCUGCUAACUGAGAUCUUUCUUUUACAUAUGUAUAGUAAAAUACCUCUUUCACUGAGAUAUAAUAACUCAAAUUAUAGAUGCAUAUUUUUCUAAUUUACCCCCUUAUAAUGACAGGGUAUUCUACAUACAGCUAUACUGCAGUCCUUAGUGUGCCAAGAAAGAAGUUGUAUCCAGGUUAAGUGACUUGAGGUUAUGUAUUGAAUAUAUACAUUUCAUGCAGCAUUAAGUGUGAGUAAUCAUAUUACAGAGAAGCAUUUUGUCUUGUGCAAUAAUCUUAUGUUUGAUAUAUAAUGAAAAUUAUAAUUAUCGUCAGUACUUAGUGUUGCAUGGUGUAACUCCACAUAUUAUUAAUGGCAUGCAACAUCUCAUCACUGGAUUAUGGCAUUACCACCUGCAAUACAUGUAAGCAAACACACACUUUAAUAAACACACACAGUGCCAAGCUAUGCUCACUCUGUUUUGGUAUAUAUAGACCUGUUACAUUUUAUUUAUUUUAAACAGUGUAAAUAUGAAAUCAUCAGUGUGUAUAUAGAUUCAUUUUUUGUAUAGAUGAAAGAACAUGUAAAAAAUAUAUGGUUGUUGUUGGGUAGAUUCAUCUGCAGAUUAUGUGAAAGCUGCUUUGCCUCCUGCAUCACAUUGAGAAUGUGAGCUUUUGCAUAAUGUUAUGCUUACAUAACUGUAAAGUAUUCAGAUGGUGUCAUCGUCAGACAUGAACUGUCAAUAUCUGUGUAUUUUUACAAUCAGAGUCAUUUUCAUGAUGUUAAAUGUGCAAUGGAAUAUGUAUAAUCAAUGAAAUAAAGUU